AUGUCUACACGAAGACGAAUAGACCCGUACCACGCUGCCUCUCAACACGAGGACGUGGAGAAGGCGAACUCCGCCUACUACGCUCCACUAGGGCCCAGGAAACUGCCGCAGAAACAGCCUCCCCAGGCACAGCAUUCGAACCAGCAGCAGCAGCAUCAACAACAACAGCAACUGCUCUCUCAUCGCAUUUCUCUGGGGUCAAUUUUUUCCAUUCGAAGAAAUCGGUCCCAACAGAGCCAGGGACUAAGCAACGACGAUCACGAUCUGGACUCUGGGUCGGUAGUUUCCGGCAACACCGUCGGAUCGAAUCCGUCGAACAACAUGAACCUGUCCAAUAGCGCUCUAUAUCCCAACGCAUCGUCUGUGUCGUCACGCCGCCACGGUUCCAUGGCCAGCGUAACGUCGGGCGGGUCAACGGGCCCCACCACAACAUCCUCCACCAUUGUUCCUGGCCCUCAGGUCACGAGCUCCACACACUCCCGUCUGGGCUCCAUAUACUCGUUUAAUACUAGUUCUAAUCCGUACGACCACGUUACUGAGCGCCUGGCUCGUCAGAGUCUCGAUAAUAAACUGCAUCUACAACAACAACCACAUCAACAGCAACAACAACAGCAACAGCAAGCACCAUCAUCCCUGCAUCGAGCCCCGUCGUUUGCUCUUUCUCGUAAAGCCACGGGGCUGUCGCUUUUCUCCAGACCUUCUAUUAGCACGUCAGCAUCUGAAGAUGUUGCCAAAGAUGACCUGGGGUUGACGCUUCGAAAACCGCAAAACCCAGUGGAAAUCGAGCGUAUGUUUCGGGACUUGAUGGAAAAACGUGAUUUCAAGUCGUUGCCGUCGCAGGCACGCCAGGAAAUGCUCAAUUACUCAAUAGAUAAAAAGUGGAUGCUAGUGCAGCAAGACGCCAUUCACGAACACAGCAAGCUGGCGCUGAAACUGAAGGCAACUCCAGAAUACUACACAAGAAAACUAAUCGCAAAGACAAUCUCCUCGGAUGAACUCGAGAAUUUGUGGGUGUCGCUUCGAACAGAGCCUAUUGACUGGGUGCGUGAGUUUAUCUAUGACUUCCAGGGAGAUGUGGCACUCUCGCUGUACUUGAUAAAAGUUCAUGACCAGAUGGGAAGUCUGGACAUUGACGAUAUCCAGGAUGACAUUUUCAACAAGGAAUUUAAUACCCUCAAGUGUCUCAAGUGCAUGAUGAAUCAGAAGUUGGGCGCCGAAAGAGCGAAAUCCGACGAUUCUCUUUAUAUCAACGCCAUCACGGGGUCUCUUCUAUCACCUCGCAUUGCUACUCGCAGAAUUGCCGCUGAGUCCCUCACAUUCAUGAUUGUGUAUUAUUGCCGCGUAGGCGGCGACCACAACAAGUACCACAAGGUGCUCCGUUCCCUUGACGGUUUGCAGCUGAAACCUUACUAUGAGUUCGUCUCGGCAUCCAGUGCAUCCGCAAAAAAAACGCUUCAAAGAAAACCUCCUCCAGAGGAUACGAACCAUAGAUUUGAGCUCUGGCUCCGCUUGGUGGGAAUAACGAUCGAGGGAAGAGGUAGGUACUCGAACUCAUUGGUUGGUGCCAGUGAAGAACUCAAGUAUCAGUUCGCUGUAAAUGGGUCCACUGUGGGAGGCUCCUCGCACGUCGAAAAUCAGCUUAUGGAGUAUUGCUUGGGCACGAUGCUUUUGAUCAAUACCAUAAUAGAGUAUGGUGUCGAUUUCCGGGUGCGGAUUCAUCUUCGGGCACAGUUCACGGCUGCUGGGAUCGAGCCAUUAUUGGCAAAGUUUAACGACUUGGGCUACGAUAACUUGGCGAAGCAAGUGCAGAAAUACCGUGAAAUGGCGGAGGCCGAUGAGUUAGAGCUCAAGACGAAACAGCAGAUCGAAGAGGAUCUUGAUUUCAAUAAUCCUGUGGAUUUGGUUCGGUCUCUCUGGAACAAUGUCCAGAAUAGUGACGCUCAGGGCCACUUCCUCAGUGCAAUGCAGCAUAUUUAUUUGAACCAAACAGAAAAGAGGGAUGAUUCAGAGGAGCUCACACGCAGCUUACGUCUCCUUGAUGGUCUUAUACAAAAUGUGACAACCGCUCAUACCUCCAACGACGAGUCAGCGGUGGGCAUUGCAAUCAACCGGUUGUAUGCGGGCUUAAGCACUGACGACAUGUACAGAAAAGCUAUCAAUGAGGUGAAGCUCUACAAGAAGAUUGCUGAAGAGGCCACGGCCGAGAGGGACGAGAUUUCUAAACAGCUUUCUAUCGGCUCGGAAGGGUUAAUUCAAAACAUGUCAAAUGAAAUCAAAGAGCAGGAAAUAGUGCUCAGGAGAACCAGACGGAUGAAUGAAGAGCUCCAAGAGGAACUUGAGGAUUUGAAGCGGAAGCAUUUACGUGAAAAACAAGAACAGGAAGUGGAGAUGCGUGAGCUUUUAAUCAUGUUGAACAGUGCACAAAUAGACUCGAAGAGAGAUAAAAAUAAAACAACGUUGCUGGUGCAGACAAGCAACGAGAAGCUCAUCAAGAAGUUGCAGAAAGAGAUCAACAGAAGGAAGACAGAGUUUAAGCUUGACAACAAGCAACUUGGUACCCUGGUGGAACCAAGCUCUCGUUUGCGGGCUUUGAGAGAACAGAUGGCCGAUAUCGAAAACCUUGCCAGAGAGUUGGAGAUGACUGACUUCGAGACGUACUCUUUGCCAAAGGAGGAGGCAAAACCUGAUGUUCACGAACCUGAGACACCAGAGCCUGAAGAGCUUCCCCCAGUGCCUGUGGGUCCCAAGCGUUCUGUGCGUGAGGAUGACUUAGAGAAAUUGGAGAGACUCAGAAAGAAACUCGCCUCUUUGCAGAGCGAGUCAAACGAUAUUAUGAAGUUCAAUAACAAGUCGUUGUUCCUGAAACAAAAAUACCUUGCUUUGGAACGCUUGCGUGAGUUGGAGCAGAACUUUGCAGACUUUAACAUAGAUUUCGACAUUGACGAAAACGAAGCGGCUUUAUUAGGUUUCAUGGACGCCAAUAUGAAGUCGAAGAUUCAAGAAGAGCUUGACGAAGUGAGAAAGCUCAACAAUGACCUCCGCUCGCAACUCGCCGCAAUCAAGGAUGUGAAGCUGCCUCCAUCUGACGCUUCUCCAGACACGCUUCAGAAACUCGAAGCCAAGUAUGCCCAGGGAAAGGUUGUUGUUGAUGGCUCCGACGUGGCGGUUAAAAGCUCCAACACCCCAAAUAAGGACUACCGUAAGAAUAGAAAGUCAACAAUGAACUCACUUGAUCCGAAGUUCCUUAAUGAGUUGAGUUCAAAGGUCAAGCAGGCUGAAGCUAUUGGCUCAUCUUCCGAUGACGAAAAGUUUGAGGACUCAGUGGAUAAGGUCGAAGAAACAGAGACUCCAAAGGCUACUGGUGCCCCGCCACCACCUCCGCCUCCACUUCCACCCGCUCUUGGAGGUGCUCCACCACCUCCACCACCUCCGCUCCCACCUUCACUCGGUAGUGCCCCUCCACCACCACCUCCUCCAUUACCACCCUCUUUGAAUGGUGGAGCUCCUCCACCGCCACCUCCACCACCACCACCAUUACCAAUGGGCACCAACAACUCUAGCAAGUCGCCUUCGCCAGUACCACAGCAUCCACAUCCAUUUGAAGCGUACCCAAGGCCUAAGAAGAAGUUAAAGCAGUUGCAUUGGGAAAAGGUCGACAAUGGCGAGAACGAUUCAAACUCGUUCUGGCAAAAUUCUCAGCUGCACACGAUCGCUUCAGACUUGAUGGACAAGGGUGUUUUGGAUGAAAUUGAGGCAAUCUUUGCAGCGAAGGAGAUCAAGAAGUUGGCCACUAAGAAGAAGGAAGACAUCGAUAAGGUGACCUUUUUGGCCCGUGAUGUGGCGCAACAAUUUGGUAUCAACUUGCAUUCUUUCAACAGUUUGUCAGAUGAGGAAGUUAUAGACAAGAUCUUGCGAUGCGACAAGGAUCUGUUGGCAAACCCUGCUAUAUUGGAGUUCCUCGGUAAGGACGAGAUCACCGAAGUAUCUAACAGUUUAGCAAGAAACCUCGAGCCUUACCUGACAGACUAUACAUCUGAAGAAAUUUCCAAGCCCGAGAAGGACCCUAGCGAAUUGCAGAGACCUGAUAGAAUCUACCUUGAGCUUAUUUAUAAUUUGCAACACUAUUGGAAGUCGAGAGUCAGAGCUUUGAAGACGAUUGUGAAUUAUGAGAAGGACUAUGACGAUUUGGUGACAAAACUUAGGUCUCUUGAUGACGCUGUCGACAAGAUCAAGCAUUCGAAACAUUUGAGGAGUGUCUUUGACAUCAUCUUGGCCGUAGGUAACUACAUGAAUGAUACUUCCAAGCAAGCCAAAGGUUUUAAGUUGAGCUCGUUACAAAGAUUAAGUUUUGUGAAGGACGAGAAGAAUAGCAUGUCUUUCUUGCACUACGUCGAAAAGACCGUGAGAACGCUUUAUCCAGAGCUUUUGGCGUUCAUGGAUGAUCUCGCUGCAUGCGUUCCUGUUGCGAAAUUUUCAAUAGAGAAUAUUGCAAACGACUGCAAGGACUAUGGGCAGGCGAUCAAAAACGUUCAGAGCUCGAUUGACAUUGGUAACUUAAGUGACGUUUCCAAGUUCCACCCCAAAGAUCGGGUGUUGAAGGUUGUUAGUCCAGCGUUGCCUAGAGCAAAGAAGAAGGCUGACUUGUUACAAGAUCAAGCGAACUAUACCCUCAAGGAGUUCGAGACGUUGAUGAGGUACUUUGGCGAAGACCCUAACGACAGUUUUGUGCGGAACUCCUUCUUCAGCAAGUUCACCAGCUUCUUGUCUGAAUUCAAGAAGGCCCAGCGCGAAAACUUGCAGCGUGAAGAAGAGUUGAGGGUCUAUGAGCAAAGAAAGAAGCUAUUGGAGAAUAAAACGAAGCAAAGCAAAGCCAAGAAAGAAAGUGGUUCUGAGGACGACGAGGAAAAUGUCAUGGACUCUCUUCUCGAGAAACUCAAGGCUGCUGGUCCUCAACGAGGCGAACCAUCGUCAGCACGCAAGCGUGCUCUCAUGAAAAAACAUUUGAUGGAGAGUUUGAAAAAGCUGAAUUCUGAAUCUGACUCAAGGGAUAACUCACCUAGCCGUGCUGGACCUAUCAAUCCGGAAUUAGCAGGAGCUGACGAGUCAGACAAGGACAUUCUAGCGAAGAGCGACGACGAUGUGGGCUCUCGAGCCAGAAACUUGCUUCAAGAAUUAAGAAAAGCGGAAGGCAGCGACAAACCUACAAGUUCAUCAGCAUUUAGACAACAAAGACAGCGCCGCAGACAGCUUCUGACCGUUGGCGAAGAUGAAAUCAAAGAGGCCACCUCUGAAGUUGUUCCAGAAGCAAACAACGAGGAUGCAGAGGAAAACAAGUGA